UCAGUGUUUAAUCUGGACGAACUCGGCCUGGAAAUAGCAAGGAUUGCUCUGCCUGCAGCACUCGCUUUGACAGCUGAUCCUAUUGCAUCUUUGGUAGAUACUGCUUUUAUCGGCCAAAUCGGUCCAGUCGAACUAGCUGCUGUGGGAGUUUCCAUUGCCUUAUUCAAUCAGGUCUCGAGAAUAGCGAUUUUCCCUCUCGUUAGCGUGACAACUUCUUUUGUGGCCGAGGAAGAUACAAUCACAAGAAUAGAUAAUGACUCCAAAGAUUGCGAAAGCUUGGAAAACAUUUCGACUCUAGAAAGCGAAACUAAGACAUUGAUACCACAAAAGAAGUUGGAAAAUAGCAGCUUCGAGGUAGUUAAGGCCGAGCCACGCAAGAAGCAGAUUGCAUCGGCAUCAUCUGCAUUAAUCAUCGGGGGCAUUCUUGGCAUAAUCCAAGCCGCUUUUCUGAUUCUUGCAGCUAAACCUUUACUAAGUUUCAUGGGAGUCAAACCACAUUCGUCAAUGGCAGACCCAGCACAACAGUACUUGAAGCUGAGAUCACUUGGGGCACCAGCAGUUCUUUUGUCAUUAGCUAUGCAAGGAGUUUUUCGUGGAUUUAAGGACACUAAAACCCCGUUAUACGCG